GGUAGAAGGUUGACAGGUGUAAGCAGCGAAUGUUUUUUGUAUUUGGAGGUCUUAUGACUGGGUUGUUUUUUGUCUUCUUAUCUUAAGUAGUUUCCUAAGUGUUGGGUUUUCUCUUUAUUAUGAGUCGGUUAGUUUUGUUUUAUAUUAAUUAAUUUAAAUUUUCUCGAGGUCUUUUUAGCAAUUAUGUUUUUCCUUUUCUUUUGUUAAUUAUCUUCUUAUAAGGAUAGGUUUUUUAUUCUCUUUUGUCUUUAGUCGGGUCUUAUGGGUAGACUAGUUUGUGCUAUAUAUACGAGUUCUGUCUUAGGUUUAUAAGUCGAGUCUCAUCUCAUCUUCUCUUGUGCUUCUCCUUUCCUGGUAUUAUGGCUGAUGAGUUGUGGGAUGAAUUACAACAGUUAGAGUUAGGAAGAGAGGAUCCUCCUUUGUUUAUUUCGUAUGUUGCUUAUGCAACUAAUGAAUCACGGAAUAGACUUAGCCUGAUUGCAAGGCCUCUUAAUCCUAGAGCUCAAAAUCUUAAUGUUGUGGUUGCUGCCUUGCCAAGGGUUUGGGGUCUGACAUCUAGAGUUCACGGGAGAGCUGGAUCUCUUGUCUGUGCUACGAAGGGAACCCUGGCUUUACAAUAGUUGGUUUGUCACGGCUCAUCGUUGGGAGGUAAACUCGGCUUUUGAAUACUUGUCUAACAUUGAGUUGUGGGUUCAAAUGCGUGGGAUUCCUCUCCUCUAUGUUUGUGAAGCCACAGUGACAGAGAUAGCUCUUGGUUUAGGGCAAAUUAUAUCAUUGGAUUUUCAUGAUGCUACUACAACCCAAAUAGCUUUUAUUAGAGUGAGAAUCCGAUUUGAGAUCACUGAUCGUAUAAGGUUCUUCCAAAGAAUUACCUUUGAUUCUGGUGAGACUGCGCUGAUAAGGUUUCAAUAUGAAAGACUAAGGCGAAUUUGCAGUAGCUGUUUCAGGCUGACUCAUCAUAGGAAUUACUGCCCUUAUCGACAACCUGAGCCUCGUUCUAUCAUUCGUGGUCCUACCAACAAUCUCACUAGGUCUAGAAGAGAAGGAGUGUGUACCCGGGAUGAAUAUCAUCGUUCUUCCCUGAACUCCCAAUCACAGAUGUCUGAGAACGCCUUUCCAGCACCUAUUGAACCUCCUCCAAGAGUGGCAGCUCCUCCUUUGAAUCCUGAUGAAUUUAGGGCUGCUUAUUUUCCAGAAGGCAGAGCAGGUUCUUUACCAAAUAUAGGAACAUUAAAUCUUAAUCCUCCAUCUCGCAGGCAAGAGGCGUCAAGAAACUCUAAUGUACAACCGUUUACGGGUCCUGCAUUUGGUGCAAAUGUUCCUCGAGUGGUUGAAGUAGGUGAAUGUUCAUGACAAGGAGAGUUUGGAGCUUCAAGGACUCAAUUGGAUAAGGGAGACUCAAUAAAAAGGAAGAAUAUGGGAAGACCUGGGAGUGAUGAAGAAGGAAGAACUCAUAGAGUUGAGGAGCAUAAGGAAGGAGGUAUUCUGAAACCUCCUAAGAAGCGUUAAACACUCUGCAAAUUCUGUCAUUUUUUGGCUUUUGUUGCUGCUGAGGAUCCUUGUUGGCAACUUAAACGUUUGAAUAAUAGGGACUGCAAUGGUACAAGUUUGCAGGUCUAAGGUUUGCAAAAGUAGCAGAUGGAAGUAGAGCCGGUGGAACUCUUUUUGGUUAUGACUUCUCUUAUCUGCUGUUGUUGUUUCAGUUUACUCAUCACUUUUUGAUUUUCGGCAUGAUCAACAUUGUGUUUUGUUAGAUCAUGUUUUUUCUUGUUAUAGUGUUUGUCUUCAUCCUGUAAGUGGAAGGUCAACUAGUGUACUUUUUGAUGUAUGUUCUUAAUACAAGGUAUGUUCUUAAUACAAGAAAGACAACACUUAGUG